AUGGCAAGCUGCAAGUGGACGGGAAGGAACUUGGGAAUGGAAUGGAAGGCGAGGCUAGGCGCGGGUAGGCGAGCAGGGGCAGAGCAGAAGAAUAGUUGCGACUUGCAGAAGACUGACUGCGUGACUGACUGGGAGUGGUGGAGGAGGGGCGUCUUCGGAGGCGGAGGGUGCAGCGUCACGGUGGGAAGUGGUGGUGGUGGUGGUGGUGGUGGUGGUGGUGGUCGGCGUUGGAGGCGAGGGGUGACGGGGCGGGCCAGCCAGACAGUGAACGAUGCGCCCGCCCUCGGCCCACUGACAGCGCAAACCUACACAGUCGCAGCAAUGCUCCACUGGCGGGCGAGCAGCUUCCCUAGAAUCCCCAUCACUACUGAGUACCUACUGCGUACGGGCACUACCAUCCGCCUCGGCGAUGACUAA